GCCAUUUUCUAGAGCAAAACAGAUUUCACGUACUUUGUGUGUGAUAUGAUCCGGUGAAAAGUGAUUGUUAAGUUAUAUUGUUUUGUAAUGGUUAGAGCACUUGAAAUUGUUUGAGAACAACGUCAAAAUUACUAUAUUUAUAACGUACAGUUUCUAAAUUGUUAGUAUAUGGUGUACUUCUCUCUAAACUUGUUUUAAACAACUGAGCUACAUGGCACCUAAGAAACCAGUGAUUCCUAUUCAAGAAGUACCCAAGAAGAGGAUAGCUCCUAAUGGUGUCCGUCUGCCUGACCCCAUUAGUGAAGGAGAACUACUCACUGACUCAGCACAAAAGACUUGGCGGCUAGGAAGGUCUAUUGGGCUUGGAGGAUUUGGAGAGAUUUACUUGGCUUCAGACGAAGUCAACAAACCAGUUAGAGAGGAUGCUCCUUUUGUCAUUAAAGUUGAACGGCACACCAAUGGUCCAUUGUUUGUUGAGAAGAACUUCUACAUCCGAACAGCUCAAAUGGAAAUGAUCAAUGAGUGGGUGGCUCGUCGCAACAUGAGAGCUCUAGGGAUGCCCCACUUCCUAGGCACCGGCUCACACCAUUAUGACGGAGAACAUUAUAGGUUCCUCGUCCUUCCCAGGUUUGGACUGGAUGUAGAAAAAGUAUUUAUCCGUCAAGGUAGAAAGUUUCAUGUCAAGACUGCUUUUACACUGGCCUCAUAUAUUAUGGACGCACUAGAGUAUAUCCACUGCCACGACUACAUUCAUGGAGACAUCAAAGGGUCGAACCUACUGCUAGGUCUGGAGUGUCAGGCACCAGUGUAUCUCCUGGACUAUGGACUAGCCACACGAUACCUCUACAGAGACGGCAAACACAAGGAGUACCGGCACGACGAGCGCCGUGCACACGACGGCACUCUGGAGUUCACUUCACGCGACGCUCACAUUGGAGUACAUUCUAGACGAGGUGAUCUAGAGAUUCUGGGAUACAACCUGGUCCAGUGGCUGUGUGGGAGGCUACCCUGGGAGGGCAACACUGACCUGGAAGAGGUGAAGGAGGCCAAGAUAGCAGCCAUGAACAACAUCACUACUUUCCUCAACAACUGCUUCAAGCCCGACCACGCUCCUGCCGUUCUACAUCACUACUUACAAUAUGUGGCACAUCUGGGGUUUGAGACGCAGCCUGACUACAAAUACUGCAAACGUUUAUUCCGCCAAGCAAUCAGAGAGGCUGGGUAUCAAGACGACGGAAAACUCACUUUCCAUUCUCACGCCAGAAAGACAGCCAAAAAGAGGAAGCCCUUGUAUGAGCCGGAAAACAAGGGCGUUUGUGCCAAAAAGAAGUGUGUCCAGCCCUCGAGAGAGCCCUGUGUUGUCAAAAAUCUUAAUAGGAUGACAAGGAAUGUAGCCAACACAUUGCCGUUGUUGAGAUCAAAAAAUGAGUUUAACUGGGCAAAGGUUUUGGCAAGUGAUCCAGAAAAGAUGAUUAGGAAGAAGCUUCAUUGUGCGGCUGCCGCGAACAAGUUGGAGCAAGACUCUCCCAUCAGGUUAGAGAAAUCUGAGGGUCACAGUCCAGACAGCUCGCUAGACAAUCCCACUCCAGCCAUGUUGGCCGUCAUGUCUCGUAUGAGAGACGACGUAGUAACCACCAGAUCCGGCAAGCGAAGUAGGAGCGAGAGCCGUUGCCCGAGUCCAGUAGAACCUUCAUACAACACCCCGGCAAUGGAAGAAGUGCUGCAGCGCAGAGAUAAAGAGACUGCACGAACGCUGAGGGUAGCAAGGAGAAAUUCUGCUCGCUUGGCGCCUGCCCCCACAACGACUACUCGCAAGUCGUCUCCGGUCGCAAAACGUUCAACGCGCAAUGCAGCUCUCAACCACAAGGGUUAAUUGUGGUAAAUAGAUAGUGUCUCCGGUUGUAAAUAUGUAAAUAACUCGUCAACGAAUGUCAGACAACCACAUUUACCAAUGUAAAUGUGGCUGUGUAGAGCAGUAGCAAUAAUUUUAGGCAAGAAACAAUGUCUAUUCAAUAACUGUUGUCUAAAAUCAUUAAAAUUUUAUAAAAUCAUUAUCGCUGUUGUAUGAACUUAGUCAAGUUCUUUUCGUACUUUUAUCAAAUAACAAUUAAAAUUUGUUUUUAAAUUAUCACACUGCUUUUUUUAAUAUUUAGGAGUUAAGGAAAGGCCAAUUGGCUGAUUGGGAUUAAUAUCUACAAGGAUAGGAAUUAAGCUCCUUGUACAUUUUUUUUAAUAUUUGCAAACUUUUACCUGUAUAUUUAUUUUAAAACUAAAUAGUCCAUAUUCAAUAUUUAGGAUUUUAUUUUUUGCAGCAAAGAGAGGAUCUUGUUCUAAAUAUAUUAAGCCAUUGAAAAUCUUAAGAAGAAAAAUUAUCUUGAAGGCAGGAAGAAUUAGAACUUAGACCAUUAUUAUGUCACCUUAGCCAAGAGAAGGUUGUAUUUUUGUGUUUGUGUAUAAGACUGACAUUUUGUAAAUAUAUUCAAAGACAUUUUUUCUAUUUUCUGAUUAAUUUCGUAAGGAUUAUAGUAUAGUUAUUUUGAAAUAUACAUGGAUGAAUUUGUGUUUUACUUAUUUUAAUUGUUUCAAACUAUGUUAGUGGCACAUACUUGAAACAAUUUGUGUUAAUAUUAGGUUGUUAAUAGAGUUGUGUCUGUACCAAAAUGGAUCAAUUCUCGAUACUGAUACCAUAAUUUUUUUACUCUACCAAAUUUUCUAUAUAUAGCUUUAUUUUACUACACCGACCCAACCAUUUUGCUGCCAUAACGGAAGGCAGUGACGAUGGUUCUGUACCCGUAAUAAAUUGUAAUUGGCUAGUUAGAAUUAUUCAUUGCUGCUUUAAUUUUUAUUUACGUCACCCAAUUAAAGCAGCAAUGAAAAAUGCUAACUAACUAGCCGAUUAAAAUUUUUUACAGAAUCAUCAUCACUAUCUUUUGUUAUGGCGGCACUAUAUUGAACAUAUAUAGUGGGCCCAGAAACAUUGAGAUCAUCUCGGCAAUAUCCUAAAUAUCUCCAUCGGUCAUGGAAACAUCAUCAUUAUCUUUCAUGAUCACGGCAAAAACAUGAACAUCUUCUGCGAUUGUAUAGGCAUCAACAUUGUCGGCCGCGGUAACUAUAACGUUAUUUUCUUUAUCCUUAACCGUAGCAAAAUUCUGAUCAUCUCCUGAGGCAGUGUAGACAUCAUCAUUGCCUGCCGUAAUCACAGAAACAUUAUUGUCCUCACCAACAAUCGUGCCAAAAGUAUGAAUUUUUCUUGCAAACUUCAGAAACCUAUUGAGUAUUGGUAUCAGUAUCGAAUCUUGAUGAUUGAUUCUCAACAUCGAUACCAAUGUCCAAGAAUCAAUGAUAUUGAGAAUUGAUAAAGAGAAUCAACACAUUUCUAGUUUUUAAUGUAUGAUAAACAUUGGUUGAUGUCUGUGAUUGCAUUACUCAAUAUUCACUAUGAAUAUAGAAAAUAUAAAUGAUAUUAACAAAUUACAUUAUACAUAGAUGUAAAUGUAAAAACGUUAUCAAUUUAUUGUUUGAAUGUACAUUAAGUUAAUAUCUAGUAAUUGGUAACUAUUAAUAUUUUCUUGAGCACUUUGAAAAAUCCUUUAAAACUGUGAUGUAGUGUAUUAUCGAUAAAAACUAAUAUGAAAUUAGAUGACAUUGUUCUAACUUUACUCGACUUCACCUAGAUUUAUAUAAUUGGGUUGUGUUGAUUAGCAAUUUGGUUUUUCAACACUCUUUUUAUUUCAAAAUACAUUGAAAAAAUGCAUUGCUUCUUCAGUCCUAAGAAAAUCCCCACAUUCUGAUGCAAUCACUGUUGCUGAAGCACUGGCUUAAUAGUGAUUAAAGAAUCAUGUAAUAUCUAAGAGACUAGUUGAACAGGUACACAAUUAAUUGUGCUUGUACAUAGGACUGAGUGAUUGCCAGAUAAUUCACCAUAUUAAAUAGCCUACUGGUAUUUCAUAUAGGGAAUAAGCCAUUACCGUAGGUAUCAUAAACUGGGCAUGUGAUCGAUUAAUUUUUUUGUCAGAAGAAAAAACACCAACCAUUCAAUUGAUUUAGCAUGAUAACUUGAUUACAAAUCAUCCAAUUCCCAUUAGACACUUUUGGGGUCGAGAUGGUUUGGGAAGUACGGUACACACUUUUUCCACAGUUAUUCAUUAACUGUGGUUUAUGUGACAAAAAAUCCCAUUUCACAUCACAAUAUUGUUUUUUAUUAUGUACCUAAAACUUUUAAAUUGUACUGAUUCAGCUCAUGGUAUGGUUACAAUGUGAAUAUUUAGUAUGUUACUUAUGACAGGAGUGGUCUUGGUACCCUCCUUUGGAGGCUGUGUGGAUGAGUCCUGCUUUGCAUGUAAAUAGUCCUUCCAAUGUAGCUUUGCUGGAAGCUCCAACUAUAGAAUAAUUUUAGUCUAGAAAUACUUGUUAGACUUUGAGUUUAUUAAUGUUGUUAUUUUUUGUAUACUUUUAAGACUAAAUAAAUAUUAUACUUACUCAA